AUGGCGGAUCACGACCGCUAUAAUGAUAGCGCCUAUGCGGAGGGCCGCCGCAACGAUCUUGCCGCCGCUGACGGCAUGCGUUCCCAGAAUCAUGGAAUAGCAGAUACCCCCAGAAACCCUAACGCAGGCGUUAUGGGUCACGAGAAGGCUCCUGCCGGCAGCGAUCCAUCUCUGCCAAGCUACAACAAUAGCCGCGACUCCUGGCAGGCAGCUGAGGAGAGGAAGGCAAGUCUCGGCGUCGACGGCGGCCAAGCUCAGAACAUCUUCAGCUCUGGGGAGAAGAACUACCGUACUGUUGGACGUUGGAUGGCCGGCAUCAUUUUGAUCACAAAUCAAGUCGGAAUCGGCAUUCUGUCACUCCCCCGCUGUACCGCAGGUAUCCCGCACUGCGUAAACAUUGUCGACAUGUGCAAGGUUGUUGGCGGCAAACCUCUCGAAAUUCUGGGUGGCAUCGCUAUGAUCAUCAACAUCUGCUUUACGUGCACAUCUGCUACCGUCACCGUUUCAAUUGCGCUUAACACCAUGUCGGAGCAUGCGAUCUCUGUCCUCAUCGUCAUGAUCUCACUUGGUAUCGCCGACCCCCAGGGCGCCCCGAUCCCCUUUGAGAAAGAAGUCAAAGUUAUCGGCGACCCGACCUUCCGUGAAGGUCUUACCUCGUGCCUCCAAGUCGCGUAUGCCUAUGCUGGCAACGUCGGAUUUCCCAGUCUUCUUGCUGAGAUGAAGGACCCUUCUAGUGACUUCCUCCCAGGCCUUGUAAUUCUGCAGUCCUUCUCCAUCCCGCUCUACAUCAUCGUCGCCAUUACGAUCUACUGUCUGGCCGGCCAAUACACUACGAGUCCGUCGCUCGGUUCAGCGCCACCUGUUCCAGCCAAGAUCGCCUACGGCGUCAUGCUGCCCUGUCUUCUCGCCACGGGUGUCGUCUUUGGCCACACGGCAAUCAAGUUCAUGUACGUCACGGCUAUGCGCUGGCAGAAGGCCACUGACCAGCUCACUUCCCGCAAUGUGCGCUCAUGGGGCUCCUGGGUCGGCUGCGCGACCAUCUUUUGGCUGCUGGCCUUCAUCCUCGGCAACAGCAUCCCCGUCUUCGACUCCAUCCUGUCCAUAUCCUCGGCCACCCUCAUUGCAUGGUGGACGUUCGGCAUCAGCGCCAUAUUCUGGUUCCAUCUCAACCGGGGCCAAAUGUUUGCCAACUGGCGCAAGAUAUCGCUCUUCGUUCUGAACGUACUCAUCAUCGUCAUGUCGCUGUUCAUGAACUCUGCCGGCAUGUGGGCGGCCAUCAUGGGCCUGCUGGAUGUCUUCAAUAACGAGGAAAAUGAGAUUCGUGGCCCGUUCACUUGUGCGAAUAAUGCACUCUUUUAA